UCGACAAAUUGAGCUUCCCUAUCUGCAAAAACCUAAUUUCUCUCAACUCACCUUGAGCUUCCGCCGCGCCGCCUCUUCCUUCAUCGCCUCUUCGUCACUGUCUUCGUCACCGCUUGACUCACCGAGUCACCGACGAAGCUUACUCUCUCUCACUCUCUUUCACCGACUCUGUUUACUCUCUCACCGACACCCCUACUCACCGCUUCCAUCGCCUCUUUCAUCUCAGAGAUUUCACUCGUGAUUUGCAUCACACCUGAAAUUGAACACCAGUUCUUCAAGUCCGACAGAGACAGACACCAUCAGCUUUCAUAUUCAAGACUGUCGGACAAUUUGAGAGGUGCAACAGAGGUGUUGAACUUUUGUUUUUCAACUUCUGUUUUUCACUUAUGUGUUUUCCAAGCACAUCUUGAAAACCAUCCAGCAGGCAGAUGCCAUUGUACAUUUUUGUGCACUGUGAAGACACAGUUCUCCAAGCUGAACCGCAACGCAGCAUCUUCCGGCGGCAGCCAACGACGAGGAUAUAUUUCUCUACCUCUUUAUCCGGUAAGGUUACUUCAUUUUAUCUCUCUCUUCUCGCCUUUUAUUUAUUUAUUUACUUUUAAUCUCACAAAUUUCAAUCUCUUGUAUGCAUCUUUUUUUUUUUGCUAUAAUUCUUAGAAUUUAUUGUGCAUUUCUAUUUUUACGUUUGUUUACGAUUUUUUAAAAUUUUUUUUCGAAACUUUGUGUUGGAUCUACUGGUAUAUAGUUACUGCUAAUUAAUUUUUGGUAGCUUUCUGCUGGACUUUGGGUUUAGGGUUUUGCAUAGGCUUUCUGUCGUGAUUCGUAACUGGAGCCUAAGAAAUCCUUUUUGACAGAAAGCAGAUAUCAUUCUCCCCAACUUUUUGGGUGGGUGAAGUAACUAGUAAUUUUCUCUUGAACAUAAAAAAGAGAAAGGAAAAAAAAAUACCACUGGAAAACCAUGAAUUAUUAAUUCGUGCAUUAACUGGAGAAAUCACAACAAAUUGAAAAAUGAGAUAAUAUAUUUAUAAUGGACUUGUGGAUCAAAUCGGAUUGACCCGAUCACAGCCAGCCGAAUUUUGGAGAAACCGGACUCGACUUCGUCGAACAUUAUAAAGAAUUCCAGCGACCCGACCGGAUUAUCCUGGCCGUCGACGAUUCAACUCCCAGCCCAAUGAAGGAGGCCACGCGCCUUACAUGCUAUUUACCCAUAAUCAUUGUAUUGGCAGCAGAUCUAUGUGUGGGCAUCAGAUUCUCCGCCCAGUUAUCGGAGGGUUCAAUUACAGACACAGCCAAUCAACAACAGCUGCAAACAGCGGUUUUUGCUCUAGGAAGCUUCUGGAGAUCGGAGGCGGUGUUUGGCUGCUUGGAUGGGGUAGUGCGUACGACUGUCGGCUAUGCCGGUGGAUCCAAAACCAAUCCCGAGUAUCGGAGCUUAGGUGAUCACGCUGAAUCUGUUCAGAUGGAUGGUCUUCGGAUUCCUAACAAAGACUUGGCUGACCUCACACCUCAUUUUGUUUGGUCCAAGGCUGAAAUGUUGCAGCUGAUGAAGCAGAUGACGAAGGGUAGAAAAGAUAAUCUUUUCCUUCGAAAACAUUGCCGGCAUAUGAUGUUGGCUCAACCAGCCCAAUAUGUUAUGGAAGCAGGGAAUAAGAGGCUCUCUGUUUAAUAGGAUAAAGAGGUAUCUGACCAUUCGGAUGUAGAUAGGAAGUUCAGAUGCACAAAAACUCUCAUCUAUUCGGAGAAAGAUUAUGGGGAGGAGGUUCGGGAGAAUCAACAAGGACUUCUACAGCCACCAAACAUCCUACAAAGAGGCACUGCGUAGGAAAAAGGAAAGGAAUAUUUUUGUUGUGAAGCCACACGAGGUCUCGUACAACAGGCAAUUUGCUCUACUGUCGGGCUUUAACAACAUUGCUACUGGACAGAUAUACAAAAUAGAAGUUUGGUCUCAUGAGCAUAUGUGGUUCUUGAGCAGAUUCAAGAAAUCAGGAUUAGUGAAUGCAAAAGUAUAUAUAAUUCCUGAUCCGACUGAGAGGCAUUAUAUCACUUAUUUUGAUCCUGAAUCAUUGGCUCGAAAGAUACACGACAUGGGGUUCUUGGUUGUAUCCGAUGACUGGCACUUGUAUGGCCUUGAUACUCGUCUGCUAUAUGAGGAUCUCCAUGCAUUUGGGGAACCAUUGUCCCACUCCGUUUACUUCAAUGGCACUCCAAAAACCUAUAAAAAAUGGUAAAGAAUCACCCCUCCUCUCUCUCAUCUCAGUUGGCACAAGGAGUGGAUAGAGUAUGCUGACCUGAAAAAACAGGCUUACAAUUUUUGUAGAUAUUUUGAGAUACAGGCCUACAAAUUUUGUAGAUUUUUCCAUCUUGAAAAAACAGGCUAGUUUCUGGCGAAGUUCUUACUGCUUAGCCUACUGCACUGUCCAGAAGCCAAGAAGAGUUUACAUUAAGGAAGAUGAAAACGUUAACAAUGUUUCAUCGGAACACGUGAACAUGUAUUUUACUGUAUAGGCAUUCAAGUUAAACAUUCAGUUCUGUCAAAUUUUUCAGGUUAUUGAGUUCCAUUGGCAA